AUGCUGCUCCCCAUCUCCCUCAUCGCGUUGACGCUCUCGGCUCUCCCGACUCUCACCACCGCCACCCCAACCACCACGACAACCGGAACCAGAACAGCACAUAUCUUUCGUCGCUCCAAUUGCACCAACCCGAGCGUGAGGAGAGAAUGGCGCAGUCUCCCUCGGGACGAGCAGAUCAGCUACGUCGAUGCGGUCCUUUGUCUCACGACUAAACCGUCGCGGAUCUCCCUGUCGACUCCGCUCUACGACGACUUUGCCUAUGUGCACAGUCAGCUCAGCAAUGAGAUCCACUCGGUUGCGUCUUUCUUGCCGUGGCAUCGAUAUUUCCUUCACGUCUACGAAGCCGCGCUGAAAGAAUGCGGAUACAUAGGCAAUCUGCCCUUGUCGCCGUCCACCUCUACCAUCUGGGACGCCACCACCGGCUUUGGCGGCGACGGGUCGCCGGACCGCACGGAGCAGGAUGGGAACAACACCCGGCGCUGCGUCGCCGACGGACCGUUCCAGGACCUCCGCCCCUCGUACAUCACCGAUGAGUACAACCCGCACUGUCUCACGCGCACCUGGAACAACGGGACCGAACUGCCGGGCCGCAUGCUGGGCGAGUUCUACUCGCCCGAGAUGCUGGCCAACGUGCAGGCCAGCGCCGACUAUGCCACGUACCGGUUCCAGCUCGAGAGCACGCCCCACGGCGCCGUCCACUCGGGCAUCGGGGGUGACAUGGUGCCGAGCACGUCGCCCAAUGACCCGAUCUUCUACCUCCACCACGGCCAGGUCGACCACGCCUGGACCCUCUGGCAGAAACGGGAUCCCGGCAAGCGGAACACCGAGUACGCCGGGCCCCGGACGCAGGACCAGUUCGACGGCGUGACGCCGCCCGAGGCGAGCCUCGACGACUGGAUGCUCAUGCGCGGCCUGGCUCCCGAUAUGCAGGUCCGGGACGCAAUGACGACGCAGAACGGGAUCUUCUGCUACACGUACUAG